AUGGGGCGCGCUGAAGUCGGCUCCACGAAAUGGCAGGCCAACAAGAUGAAGUCCAAGGGACUACAGCGACUGAGAUGGUACUGCCAGGCAUGUGAGAAACAGUGCAGAGACGCCAACGGAUACAAAUGCCAUGUGCAGUCAGAAUCUCACGUACGGCAAAUGUUGCUUAUCGGGGAAGACCCUCGCAAGGCCAUAAGCGACUUUUCCCAGCAGUUCCAGAACGACUUCCUCCAGCUGCUGCGGACAGCCCACGGAGAGAAAAAGACAAAUCUCAACCACUUCUAUCAGGAAUACAUUAGAAACAAAGAGCAUAUCCAUAUGAAUGCGACUAAGUGGCCGUCACUUACCGAGUUCGGCAAAUAUCUCGGAAGAGAAGGUAUCUGUCGUGUAUCUGAGGACGAGAAAGGGAACGGCCUUUGCGUUUCAUGGAUCGACAAUAGCCCUGAGGCACUGCGGCGUCAGGACGCCAUUCGCAAGAAAGAGCGGCAGGAGAAGGGCGACGAGGAGCGCGAGCAGCGCAUGAUCCAAGAGCAGGUUGAAAAGGCGCGCGCUGAAGUGAAGGUGGAUGCUGAGCGGCACGACGAGAACACACAGCUGCAAAGGAAGGAGGGAGAGAAGAUCCAGUUGAACCUCAAGCCAUCAGUCGCAAAGACACCAAGCCCACCUCAGGCCACCGGCCCAUCCCAACCACCGGAUGGAGGAUCCCAAGCGCAGGCUGCCAAGGAAGCGGUAGAGACGGGAGAGAAAGAGAGCGCUGCUGCUGCUCCGGCGAAGCCCACAUUCUCCAUGGGACUUGGUAACGGUAAACCCAAGAAUGUGUUCUCGUCCAAGAAGAACCCUCUCGCAAGCAAGAAGGUUGCUGUCAAGGAGCAGCCAAAAAAGAUGAGCGAAGCUGAGCGGAUUAUGAGGGAGGAGAUGGACAGGAAGCGUCUUCGGGAAGGCGGAGGACCCGGUGGGGGAGCUAAACGUCAGCGGAUAGGGUGA